AGCAGCAAUUAGAUUAUGGACAAUAAAAAAUACGUGUCGAAUAUCGUCAGUCUUGGAUUAUUGCUGUACCAGAAAGGACCUACUAUGAGUUUUUCUCAUCUGCUAUUAUUAGCUAUAUUUGCAGCUCUGUAUAUUAAUACGAGCUCUACUGAAGGGAAUCUCGAGGAAAGUAUAAUCAACCCAACGCCCGACAUGUUGCUGACCCAGGUUAGGAAGACCAAAAACGGUUGGUUUUGCGCCGGAGUGUACUGCCCCAAGAAGAACACAGCGUCCUGCAAGACGACUAGUAUCCUGAAACCAACUGAGAAGAUUGAGCAUGAUCUGGUUGUUUUAUGCCUGAAUGCCACAAAUUACCCCUUUUGCGGAAUAACUCGGAGCUCAAGGGUAGUAGUUCAGGAGAUAGUGGAAUUGGGCGAUGAUGGAAAUAUGGAGUAUGUUUCGAAAGAAAGAAUUACCACACGAGAGGGAAUCUCUAUUCCAUACUGUCCAAUAAAGAGCAAAACCGUUAUUGGUUAAUUUCAAACUUUUA